AUGACGGGGAAGGAGGGAGCUGUGCUUUCAGACACUGAGAACAAACAGAAGUCAGCCUCACAGACCACCGUGAACCACGCCGGAUCCCAGCAGCCGUCCCCGGGCUGGAAGAUGGCCCCCACCGUGCAGCGGCGCACCGGCUUCGGCAUCCAGGAGCUGCUCGGCCUCAACAAGGAGCCGCCGGCGGCGCCGAGGCGGCCGCUGGAGGCUCUGCCGCACCGGGCGCACGUCCUGGCGGCCAGGUCCGCUCUGGGACACGGCGGUCUCGGGGUCGGUAUGGGUUUACUGGGACCGGAGGGAAUACACUCGUUUUACAGUCAGCCCGCUUUUCUGGAGGUGCUGUCAGAGGCGCAAAAUGUGCACCUGCAGCCGCUGCACAGGACGGCGCACAUGGACUCACCGAUGGAUGCGCAACACUCCGCCAGCUCCGAUUCCGAUGAUCUGAGCUCCUCCGGCGACCAAAAAUUCUCCAAAUCGACGAUGAGUCAGAGCAAGAAAAGAAAGAAAAGACGACACAGAACCAUUUUCACGUCCUAUCAGCUGGAGGAGCUGGAGAAAGCCUUUAAUGAAGCUCACUAUCCGGACGUUUACGCCCGAGAGAUGCUCUCCAUGAAGACCGAGCUGCCAGAGGACAGAAUACAGGUGUGGUUUCAGAACCGCAGGGCCAAGUGGAGGAAGAGGGAGAAGUGUUGGGGUCGCAGCAGCGUGAUGGCGGAGUACGGCCUGUACGGAGCCAUGGUGCGUCACUCCAUCCCCCUCCCCGAGUCCAUCCUCAAGUCGGCCAAGGACGGCAUCACGGACUCCUACGCUCCCUGGCUACUGGGAAUGCACAAGAAGUCGGUUGAAACUCCCCACCCCUCCCCAGGGAAAGCCAGCAGCCUGACACCACCUCCACCUCCACCUCCAGCAGCAGCAGCAGCAGCAGCAGCGGUGUUACAGGAGAAAAGCAUGGACACGGUGAUGGAGGAGGAGAAGCAGAGCAAAGACACUAACUCGCCAAUUUCUAAAGAGGAGCUGAGGGAGAACAGUAUCGCCGCGCUGCGAGCGAAGGCGCAGGAGCACAACGCCAAGAUGCUCGGGACAGUUUCUGACAAAGCGACACACAAAGAGGAGGCCGAGGAUCAGGUGACGGAGCAGGAAACGGCAGAGGUGGAGAAGAGUAAUUGA